UUUGUAUUCGUGGGGUUUUUUUUCUAUACCAAUAUGCUUCAGGUUGUUGCUUCUCUCUGGGAUUUUCUCUCCAAGUUCAUUGCUUUUGUUUUUGGAUCAACACUUGGAUACUUGUUUAGGUUUUCAGCUAAUGAAUGCUUUUCAGAUUCAUGCUUUGAUGAGUUGAAAGACAGACAGAGCAGUGAUGAUGUUGAUCAAGGGAAUAGAGAAGCAGAGAAUUAUUCUUCCAUGGUGGCAAGCUCAAGCAAGUAUGAGUUUUUGUAUGGGAAUCGUUUCAGUGGAUUCAUUGAAGAACCCAAAGCUGAGAGAUUUACUGUUCAUGAGUUUUAUACGGAUCCUGGGGAGAGUUUUUCUGCUGGAAAAGAAAAAGAGAAUUCUCUGGAAGCAAAUGGUAUUGACGAAAGCGAAGCAGAGGAGCUUGUCGAAGAGAAAUCAAACGAAAGUUUCAAUCUAGAAAACGUUUUGGAGAAAGAACCAGAGUUAGAUGAAACAGAGGAAUCUGCUCUGAGGUUCUCCUUCGACUGGGGUUUUCUGAAACAUAUCCAACAACAACAGUCGAUUGAUGCAAAGGUUAGAGUUGAGGAAGAAACAGUACAUGAUGUCGUCAAAACAGAAGAUGUUAAAGAGACAGCAAAGGAUUAUGUUGUUGAAAAGCGUGUGAAGGUUGAAAAAGAAGACAUCUUUGAAGACAAAGCAGAGGAAUCAGUUGGGAAUUACAUCAUCGAGGAGAGUUUAGGGAAACACUUAAGUGACGUAGAAGAGAAAUUCGACAACUUUUUCGAGAGUCCGGUUAUCGACAUGUAUAUACAACAAUGGCGUCACGAAAGAGGGGAACCUAACAAAGAAUGGGAGAUGUUUAGCCCCACAAACACGGUUGAUGCUGAGUCAAUUACUUAUGAAAUAUCGUCAAAUAGAGUGGACCUAAGACCUCAUAGUCAUGGCCGAAACGUAGAGAGCACGUCAGAUGCUACAGCAGCAGCAGACAUAAGUGGUCCAAUCAAUGAUUCUGACGAUAAAUUCAUAGAACUGUGUGUAAUGGGAGGAGCACAGCCUGGAGAAGAUUUAAGCGUCGAGGAAGAAGGUGAUUCAGAAUUCGAGUCAGAUGACGACGAUGACGAGGAAGAUGAAUUAAUGGAGAGACUGAGAAUGGAAAUGAAAAUGGCGAGAACAGGGGGACUUCCAACAAUUCUAGAAGAGUCCGAGUCUCCAAAGAUAGAGGAACAACUUAGGCCACUUAAGAUUAAUGAAAAAUAUGAUCACAAGGAUCACAUUGCGGAGAUUCAAAAGGUUUGCAAGAAUUACUGUGAUAAGAUGAAGAAACUGGACAUUUUGAAUUCCCAGACCAUGCAUGCAAUCAGUUUACUUCAACUAAAAGACCCGGGAAUUAAGUCACUUCUCUCGCAUAAUGCAUGGCUAUUCAAACAACGGAAGGUUGGAGGUGACCCUGCAAUGAAGUUUAUCAGAGAUUUGUACAUAGAUUUUGAGACUGUCUAUGUUGGACAAGUAUGUCUUUCCUGGGAAAUACUUCAUUGGCAAUAUGGAAAGCUAAAAAUGUUGUCUGAAUCCGACAGCCUCGGUAUUCAUCAGUAUAACCAAGUUGCCGGGGAAUUUCAACGUUUUCAAGUGCUUGUGCAAAGAUUUCUAGAGGAUGAACCCUUUCAAAACAGACCCAGAAUCGAGAAUUAUACGAAGAACAGAUGUGCACUUCGGUAUCUUCUCCAUGUUCCAGUUAUUAAAGAUGAUUGCUCAAGAAAUAAAUUAGACGAUGCGGUGUCGGAUGAAAUGUUAAGUGACAUCAUAGAGGAAUCAAUGCACGUUUUAUGGGAGUUCAUUCGUGCCGACAAAGACAAUUCGAGUGUGAUCCCGAAGACUCCUCAACAAGCACAGGUUGCUCCGCAUGACCCUAUUGACUUGGAACUUUUGAUGGAUGUUAGAGCAGAUCUUCACAAGAAGGAGAAAAGGUUCAAGGAAAUUCAGAGAACUAAGAACUGCAUAGUAAAGAAGUUGAAGAAACAACAAGGGGGGAAUCUAUUAGAUCAAGCAUUGUUCAUAGCUCAGGUUGAGCUGAAAUUGGUUUCAAGAGUAUUGAACAUGGUGAAAAUAAGCACGGAUCAGUUGGUGUGGUGUCAUGAGAAAUUACGAAGGAUUAACUUUAGAAGUAGGAAGAUAGAGAUAGAACCCUCAUUUACAUUGUUCCCAUGUUAACUUUGGUGGUGACCACCAACAUACUGGUUAUCAGUUGUGAAUAUUUUAUAAACCUCACUUAGCAACACAAAAAAUAUUGGAAUUU